UAAGCCUUCAUAUACAUGGCUCUGUCAAGUAUUGUCAUACAUUUUGGGUUGUUGCAUGUUAUUUUCCUAAAUUCUGUUCUGAUCUCUUCCAUGGCUCACUACUUCAAACGGGAUGAUGUCACCCUUCCUGGAUUUGCCAAGUUCUUCAAGAAGAACAGUGAGGAGGAGCGCAAGCAUGCUGAGAAAUUCAUGGAGUUCCGGAACAAGAGGGGUGGAUGCAUCGUCCUUCAGGACAUUAAGAAACCAGAGCGUGAUGUGUGGGGCAAUGGACUGACUGCUAUGCAGUGCGCUCUUCAGCUGGAGAAGAACGUCAACCAGGCUCUGCUGGAACUGCAUAAGGUCGCCUCUCAAAAGGGAGACCCUCAUCUGUGUGACUUCCUGGAGACUCACUACUUGGAUGAGCAGGUUGAGGCCAUCAAGAAGCUUGGUGGCCACAUCACCAACCUUACCAAGAUGGAUGCUGGCAACAACAGGAUGGCAGAGUAUCUGUUUGACAAGCACACCCUGGAUGGCGACAGCAGCUAAAUGCAGCCCUGAGAUCCUAUCAAUACAUGAAUGAAUAGAAACACUAUUCUCUUGUUCUUAUCACACAGCUCUUGUGCAAAAUUUUGAAGUCUGAGAGGUUGAAAGGUUAACAUCAUGUAAAGUUUCUUGUUACGAUAAAAUGAUGCAGUGUUACGGUUUUAAAUAGUCAUCCUGUGAUUGUCAUCAAGCAAUGCUUUCUUGCUGAAUGUGCAGUGACUGACCUGGUGAAUUUAAAUAAAACUUCUGA